CAUUGAGAAACAUGGCGGCCUCCACAAGAGCUGCAAACGCUGCUGCUUCCAACCCACAAGGUCCAGCUUCGGUCGGCCCGAGUGUGGACAACACGACUCUUCAGUACAGUAUGAUUCUGGAGCAUCUUAUCGGUGACAAGAGGCCCGUGAAGGACCUGAACCCCGCCGUGAUGGGGGGGCUGCCCGUGCCUCCGAAAAGCGACGAGCAGAAGAUGAUCGAGAGGGGAAUGGAGAGCUGCGCCUUCAAGUCUUUGCUGGCCUGUGUGGGAGGGUUCGUCCUUGGAGGAGCUUUCGGUGUUUUCACAGCUGGAAUUGAUACUAAUGUUGGCAUCGACCCCAAAGACCCUUUGAGAACUCCAACAGCACGAGAGGUUCUAAAAGACAUGGGCCAGAGGGGGAUGUCCUAUGCCAAGAACUUUGCCAUUGUGGGCGCCAUGUUCUCCUGUACAGAGUGCAUCAUAGAAUCACACAGAGGCAAAUCUGACUGGAAGAAUGCUGUGUACAGUGGUUGUGUGACUGGAGGAGCUAUUGGCUUUCGCGCUGGUCUAAAGGCUGGUGUUCUGGGAUGUGGAGGCUUUGCUGCAUUCUCUGCUGCAAUUGAAUAUUACUUGCGGUGAAGCUCUAUGGAGUGGCUUGAUGGACAAAAACAUAAAUAUUACACAUGUGGACCAGAGAAAGAAGACUUGCGCUGUGAGCUUGCUAACCGUGAUGUUUCCCUGCACAUCAAGGAUUGCUGUUAAAGCAGAAUAGAAGUGUACUGUUCAAACACAGGGAUUUUAAGUGGCACCACAGUGGGCUAAAACAAACAAACAAAAAGACUUGUCUGUUUUUCCUGUGACUUUCAUAUUGUGGACAGUUGGAGCAAGAAAUGCCAAUUUCUCAUGGUGAAUCUUCAAAGACAGAGCAGCGUGGGUCUGCUUCAGUGGCGUACUGAUCAGGUGAUAAAAGCUGAAAACUCAGAUGAGCACUCUUCUGCCUGUAAAACAUUUCUUUGAUGUGUAAGUAACUAAUCCACACAGGAUUAUUUAUAAUAAAAGCAUUUUUUAAAAUUGUGGAUGUAUUACUUUUCCUUGAUUAUUAAAGGACUACAACCCCCAAA